CUAGUCAUGGUUGAAGUGAUUUGGCUCCUAUAUGAUAGUUUGGGUUCAUGCGGACCCGAAUUCCCUGCAGUAAAAGUUCCACGCCGUUACACGCAGUAAUGAAUCUUUGUCAUUGGUUUUAUAUCAGACGGCUCAAAUUAUACAAUUAGUAAACUAAUUUUAAACAAUCUCGACCUUUGAUUUUGAUCAGACAACCGAGAUUUGUAAUUGUGUGACACAGUUACAACAGGAAAUCUAUUUCCGAGUUCAAAGGCUAUAAAUACACAUACCUACUGGUUUUUUCCUUUGUCCUUCUAUCUCUUACCUAAUUAUGGUUUUGAGGAGGUUGAGACCACAUGGGGGAAUUUAAGAGCCUAAAUUGACAUUAAAUUGAAAAGGGUCCAUUUGCUUAAUUUUGUGCUUGGAAAAAACUUAACUGAAAUAUAUAAGGAAUAUAGCAUUUUCAUUUUGUCUCAAGUAGUGAUAUUCUCCUAUAGCUACUACAUCCUUAGAAGUUCUGUUCUAUCACUUUCUAUCAUCAAUUCAAGUAUAUCAAAUGCCAAGAUCAAGGGGAUCUGAUUUGCCUCAGAGGCAAUCUCCAAGAGGAACUCAUCAGAUUAGGACAUCAAGUUCCGACUCAGAUCCAUUGCAUCAUCGACCAAUUACCGACCGAAGUCCAAAGCUAGGAGACCGACGUUCACCGAGAGGUACUACUCAAUCCGAGACAGUAAACCAGAAGAAGCUAGGAACUCGCAUCGCCGAUUUGGAAUCGCAGCUCGGUCAAGCACAACAAGAGUUGAAGAAUUUGAAGGACCAGUUAUCUUCUGCAGAAGCUGAAAAGAAGAAAGCUGAGACUGAACUAGUGAAGAAAAGCAUUUCAAAGAAUGUUCAAGAAUGUAAUAAAAAAGCUGAAAUUGAUGUUGUUUUACCUGAUGAUAAUCAACUAGAGACUGAUGUUUUCGAAGUUCCGAUCGAAAAGUUGGCAAUUGAAUUCAGAAAACCUGAAGAACAAUUGCAAAAGGAAACUCAAAUUGUAGCAGCAAUAUCAAUAUCAGAGCCAGAGAAGCCUAAUGUGGAUGAACUUGCACUGAAAAACGACGAAAUAGCGUUGUUGAAGUCAAGUUUGGAAGAGAAAAAGAAGGAAUUUGAGUCAAUGAGUAAUGAAAAUGAUAAUCUGAAGAAUCAACUGAAUGAAGCAGUUUCAAAAGUAACAGUUUUUGAAACAAAGGAUGAAGAAAUGACAUUGAAAUUGAAGCAAUUGUGUGAAGAAUUUGAAGUAAGUAAAGGGAAUGAAGAAAAGUUGAAUGAGAAAUUGAAGUUUUUGGAAGGAGAAAAAGAAGGUUUAGAAUCAGAAAUGAAGAAAUUAAGGGUGCAGACAGAACAGUGGAGAAAAGCAGCAGAUGCUGCAGCUGCAGUUCUUGCAGGAGAAAUGGAUAUGAAUGGUUCUAGGGUUCCUGAAAGGUGUGGUUCAAUGGAUAAACAUUUUGGUGGAGCAUUUGAGACACCUGGUGGUGUUGGAAGGUACAAUGGAUAUGUUGUAGGUUCUCCUGGUAUGGAUAAUGAUUUGGAUGAUGGUUUUGGAGGUGGAAAAAAGAAGGGUUCUGGGAUUAGAAUGUUUGGUGAUUUAUGGAAAAAGAAAGGUCAAAAGUGAUUUAUGUAGCGUGUUUGGAUUGUCUGUGAAUUUGGCAGAAUCACGAUCUUCUGUGAGAAGCACUAUGUGCUAGCUUUAAAUUGUUGCGCGGUCAUACCUUCGAGAUGAAAAUUUAUAAAUACACUAUUAGUGAAUUAUUAGUAUUUUUGAACUAUGGUUAUGUUUAGGUGGUAGAGUUUUGCAAGAAAAAAAAGAAACAGUUGCUUACUGUGUUUUGCAUGAUUCUUGUGGUAUCUUGUUUAGUUGUUUUCAGUUGUAUAAUGUUUUGCAUGAUCAGUGCAAGAUAGUGAUGUGAACUUUUGAAAGACGGUUUAUGUUUGAGAUGAAGGGGUUUUAAGCAAAUUUUCUAUCUGUAUUCCUUUGGAGUAAUGUCUGUAACAUAUACGUAAGGUUUUGUUCACUUGUAAAAUCAUUCUAAAAUUCAGCUUUCAUAUAAUACUUUUAAA